GGGCGGACACGACCAACCCCCCUCCUCCCUCCUCCUCUUCCACACAAUCAGUGCAAUCCCCUUAGAGCUUUUCCUUCCUUCCAUUUCUGCUCCUCUCCAUUUGGGAAAGGAGGCACACACAAAUGAAAUUUUACUGUAUACAAACUUCAAACUAAAGCAAAACAACCAAAACAAUCAAAUUCAGAAAAGUUUAAAAAAAUCAGUGGAAUCUUUAUCCUGAGAUUUGUUUCAUUAUUAUCAUUCUUUGAAUCUAUCAUAGUUGCUCUUAUUCUAUCAAUUUAGUCAAUUAGUGAAACAAUGUUCAGACGUAAAAGUCGAAACGUACAUAAUACGGCCUAUACAGGUGUCAAUCAUGUUGCGCCUCAAUCAAGUCAACCAAAUAUGAAUGCCUUGGCAGCUGCUUUAACCAUUGGACAAUCAAUUAAACAAAAAUCAUCUGGGAAACAAGCGCAAGGUCAUACUAACUCUAUACAUUAUAUCACUAGAGAACAACCUCAGCCACCUCAACAACCAACUCCAAGAAGUUCUAGUGGAAGUUUAUUAAAGAGAAAUUCAAUCGUAGGUAAACAACAACAACAACAACAACAACUGCCACAACCAAAAUCAAUUAAUCAUCAGCAUCAAUUUAGAGAUUUCUCAGGGGGAUCUAUUACCUCGACUUCCUCACCAUCAACGUUACCAACUCCUGUUUCUUCGUCCCAUUCCAAAUCUCCAUUGUAUAAUAAUCAUCAAUCCAUUGUAUAUGAUAUAGAUGAUAGUUUUAAUGAUUCCUAUUUAGAUGAAAUUACAGAAGAAACUAAUCAAAUCUAUUUAAAUAAUCAACAGAAUCUUAAAGAUUUAAAAUUAUCUCAUCAACCCAUUAAAACCAAUUCAAGAUCGAAUCUUAAUGCUCAACCUACUGGUCCUGUUAAAAUGGUUAAGAAAUAUGUUCCAACUCCUAAUGGUAUUAAAAUCAUUGAGGUCCCCGAAGCAAAUUUCAAACAAGAAAUGGCUAGAAAUAAUUCAAUUAGAUCAGGUACAAGUAUUUCAAGAUCCGGUUCAUUAAGAAAUAUUCCACCUGGUUCAAAAAGAAUUCCAAGAUCACCUUCAUUAAGUUCGGUUUCUCAACAACAUAAAAACUUAUCCGCUCCUUCAAAGAAACCUCCAUCGAGAUUAUCAAGUUUGAUUCAACAUCAACCUCCAUCCAUGACUCCUAUGACUGAAAAUGUCGAUUUAGAAGAUCAAUUGGGUCAUUCUGAUGAAGUUCAUGAACAACAAUUGAAAAUGAAACAAUUGCAAGAAAAAAUCGAUCAAGAAAAGAACUUUGCUCGUGAAUUGGAAUUAAAGAGGAAAGAAUAUGAAUCAUUGAAAUUAAAGAAUGAUAAUGCAUUGAAAUCAUUAGAAAACCCACAAUCAUCUUAUGUUGAAGUUCCAACCAUAAAAGAACCAGAACCAGAACCUGUAUCGGUGCCUGAACCAACACCUGUUGUUGCUGCCAUUCCUGAAGCAGUGAAUGUACCUGUACAAGAAGAACAAUAUAAAUCUGUUGCUCCUGAAGAAAUCGAAGAAGACGAAGAAGAAGAACAAGAAGAAGACGACGACGACGAUGAAGAGGAUGUUCCAAUCAUUAAUAGAGGUAUCAUAGUUGAUGAAGUUUCCAAGAAACAUUUAGUUGAGGAUGCUGAAGCACACGAAGUAGAUGAAGAAGAUGACGAAGAUCAAGAAGAGAUCGACGAAGUUGAAAAACCAGCCUUGGCACCUAUAACAUCUGAAUUUGAUAAAUCACAAGAAUUAAUAGACGAAGAUGAAGAUGGAGAUGUCACAGAACCACAAGUUAAAUCAGCCCAAGAAUCCAAGGAAGCUGGUAAUACCAUUUAUUCAAAUGUGGGUCAUUCUGGUAGUGAAUUAGGUAUAAUCAAUCAAUAUGGUAAUUUUGCUUCUAAUGAAUUAUUAAAUCGUGAUAGUAUUGUGGAGAAUACCAUUACUUCUGAAGAAGAUGAUGAAGAAGAUGAAGGUCAUGGUCAAGAAAGUGGAUUUGCUAAGCUGUUAAGACCAACUUUUGAUUCAGCUCCUCUGCAUACCGAUGAAGUACCAAUUAGCAGUAAUUUUGAAUCAUCUAAAUUUGUUGAUGAAUCAAGUGAUAUAGAAGAUGAAGAACAUAACGUACCAGAUAUUAAAGAAGAAGCUCCUAAAGUCUUAUCAAGUGAUGAUACAUUACAAGUUCCUCAAACUCUUGGAGGAAAUGAUGGUUCAAGUAAUUCAUCUCUUUAUUCUCAAAGUAGUAAAGAUUCACCAAAGAAAUUAAAAUCAGCUAUGAAGAAUUCUAGUUCAUUUUAUAAUUCCAAUGCCAGUAAAGCUAAGAAUAAUGCCGCUCAUGAAGCUUACUUAUCAUUAACUACAGCUGAAAAUACCAGACUUAAUUCUAAAUUAUCUUCAAAUCAAUUAAAUGAUGGUAUUGGUAAUAUCACUGCUUAUCCUGGAGCUGCAUCUCAUAAUUCUGUCAUACCGCCACCUACGAAGAGAUUAUCUCAAUCAACAUUAAGAAAGAGUGUACCAAAUCCAGUUCCUCAAGGUCAACCAAAUCUUAUGGCCGCACCACCAAAUCCAUCAGGUAUGGCAUCUAGAACCUUAAGACCACAAUCAUAUCAACAACCUCCUGGUCAAUCAUUCCAACAAACUCAAGAUCAUCCAAGAUCAUUAGAUCCUAAUGCUGGUGGUAUGAGUGGUAGAUCAUUAAGAGGUAGUUAUAUUCAACCAGUGGCUCCUCAUCCUGCUUUACAACCAAAUUAUCAAUCCCCAUCUAAAUUAAAAGCGGCUGAAUUAUAUGCUAAAGCAAAUUCUAGACCUCAAUCAGUAUUUAGACCACUUAGUAAGAGAUCAUCCUUUAGUAGAGAAAGUGGUGGAAAUGGUCCAAAUAAUGGAAAUGGAAAUGGAAAUGGAAAUGGAAAUGCUGAACAAAAUGGUAAAGGUACAAGAACAACCUUGAGGGAUCCAAUUCCUAGACCAGGAGGAUUUGCAGGUCAACCACCUCAACAACAUGUACAAGCUCAAGCACCAUUACCACAGCAACAUCAAGCUCAAAUAUCACACUUACAACCACCUCCUCAACAUCCACAACAACAAAAUAGACAAUCCAGAAGUAAUGGACGUGGAUUUUCAUCAAGAUUUGAUGAUUCUGAUGAUGAAGGCCCAACUAGUGGAGGAGGAGUUCUUAGUGGUUUAAGAAAUGGUAGUGGUAGUUCUAAUGGGAAAUUAUUUUCAUCUAGAUUUAAUGAUUCUGAUGAAGAAAUUCAUUUCCCUAAACCAUUUGUUCAAUCAUCACCGGCUGUGGCUUUACCUGGUACAUCUAUACCACCUUCAUUAAGAGCAAGUAGUGGAGCCUCUGAAAAGCAACAAGCCUUAGCUCAUGCUAUUGAUGAAGCUAAACAACAAGCAGAAAAGCCAAAGAAGAAAUUUGGUAAAUUAAGAAAAUUAUUCGGUAGUAGUAAUUAAUAAAUAAAUAAUACGCAUUAGGAGAGAGAGUAUGUGUGUGCUAUAAAAAAGAAGUAAAAUGAUAAUUUAAUGGUGUGAUUAUCAGUUAUUGUAGAUAUUUUAUAUGAUGUUUUUUGUUAGUUUUAUAAGAUAUAAUGUUAAUAUAACUUAAUUAAUUUUUAAU